AUGUCGAAUUCCAUCUUUUUAUUGACUUCCUUUGUCGCUAGUAUAGUACUUGUUUGGACAGGCCGUUUUCCUCAAGCUUUAACUAUUCUUACUGGUAUUGAUAUAGCAGCAGCAUCACCAUUCUUUUGCGCAUCUCGUACUGUAUUCGGACGUAUUAGUCAAAACUUGGCUUUGUUAUGUAUUGGCUUAGUCAGCAUCGAUCGUUUCCUUAUUACUUCACGACAUGAACAUUAUCGGCGUCUUCUUACUAAGUUACGAGCUACUCUUAUUGUAACGAUAUUGUUUCUUAUUUAUUUAGCAAUUUCCAUUGAAGAUGCAAUCAGCUAUUAUUGGGCACGUUCAUGUAAAUCUCCGAAUGCACCUUUUGCAUAUACACAAUUCGUCUCAUACUUCAGUUGGGUUGUCACUUUCGGUGUACCACUAAUUCUAAUAGGAAUAUUCAGUUUGUUCACUUGGCAAAAUCUUCGAUUUUCUGUGCACGGUCGACGAAAUCGUCUUCAACAACAGGUUAAUCGAAUGAUGUUUGCGCAAUUCGGUUUGAUGUUUUUUAGUACAUUGCCUAUUAUUCUAAUGAGAGUUUAUCGGUUGGUUACUGAGUCUCAAAAGAAAUCUUUACUACAGAAUACACAAGAAACUCUUAUAUUUUAUGUCGCUACCACUCUCGGCUAUGCAUCACCGAUCGGAUCUUUCUAUAUUUAUUUUAUUGUAUCACCAGUUUUUAGACAGAAUGUGCGAACAGCUCUAAUUUGCAAGAGAUUCACUCGUGUCACACCAUUUACUUUCCGAGAGCCACGUAUUGGAACAAAUCCUACGUAA